AUGGUGGUAUUCGUCGACUUAGAAGAUUGCAAUGAUGCCUUCUCCGAGAAGCAUUACGACCAGCAUGCUUCGCCAUUUUCUUUGGAAAAGCAACCAGCACACGGAACAAAAUUAAAUUCCGCCGGGAUCAUCAUACGUGCUACUACUCCAUCUUUUUCCGUUUCUCCAAGAGAUAAUAUCAACGGGAACGUGAAGCCUACAGCGCCCGGAAGUUAUGCCUUCGUCACCAAUCAGAAUCGAGGUGCCUUUUCGGCUGCGCUCAGCUGCUAUCCUAUUGUCAAGGCCAUCGCUCGUGCUAUUGACCUAAACACCCUCCAUGCCUUGUCGCGGACGUGUCGCCAAUUUCAUGUUAAUCUGGCCCAGUUCCGACAUCAACUCAUCCGGGAAACUUUGCGUUGCGAAAAUGAGUUUAUUGAGACUGUGGCGGAUAUGCUGGAGGCGGGGGCCAACGUCCCCAACAGUGUCAAAUCGGUGCUCCGGCUGUUGAGUCAGAACAGCCAUGAAGCGGGCAGGAUCUCUCGCGGCAAGGUGGGCAAGUGCGCACGGGACAUGGUGGAUGAGUGUAGGCGCUGCCACAAGAUCAAUUGUACGAUAAAGCCCCCAUCUCAGUCUCAUAUCAAGGGCCGUAUCCGCCGCCUCUGUCGAUACUGCUGUAAUGCGCCACUUUCUAUGCAUUUGCCAAACGGAUCUGUUCUCCCAGAGCCUCGCAUGACUGGUGAAAUACUUAAUGUCGCAGCAGAGCUCUCGCGCAUAACAGGAAUAUGCAAUUGCAGAGACGCGGUAUGGUUAUGCCAGCAGUGCGGACAGACGCUACGGAGCGACGACACCACCUAUCGAAGGGUUUGGGACUGGAGGACCCGAUAUAGCACAUAUCUUGGCGGCGGGCUCGGCACUGGCAUUGGUGAGGGAAGCCAGGGCGUGAAAUGCGGCCGCGGACAAGCUUGUCUCGCGGCAAAGGAAAUCGAGCUUGAGGUUGACUGUGAGGUAGAUGAAGGUGUCAGUGACGGCAGUAGCUCAAGUUAUAGUCCGCCUGGCCAUACAUCGCAUCACCACCACCACCACCAUCAUCAUCAUGACCAAGUCCUAAUUGAAAGUCAUGACGAAGAACCAGGCUACUUCCGACAGGAGAUCGUCGGAUUGGGCGGACUUAUGAAACAAAAGGCCAAAAAGCGGGUGCUCGUCGGUGCCUGUGUGGUCGAAUACGAAGAUGAACGAGAAACUGGCAAAUAUCUUGAGCGGGAAGAGCUUGGAACCUACAGAGCAUGGUGCAAUUGGUGCUCGAGGGUAAUUCCAGCGAGGAAUGAGCUGUAA